AUGGAGAAACUCGUUCACAUUCCCGCCGUCACAAAACUCACGCCGCUAGUGAGCCGGUUCCUCGGCAUGAACCCGGGCAAAUUUUCUCUACAGGGUACAAACACCUAUCUCAUCGGCCAGGGACCCCGACGAUUGCUGAUUGAUACCGGAGAGGGAGCCGAUGAGUACACAGAGACGGUCUCCAACUAUCUCAAAGAGAACAACAUUGAGCUUGACACCAUAAUUCUGUCUCACUGGCACGCAGACCACACCAAGGGUACGGUGCCGCUGCUCAAGAAACUCAAGGAUAAGAAGGUCCAAACCUCUCCCCCUAAAGUGGUCAAGUACCCGUUUCCUGAGAUGGACAAAGAGAAGAACAUCAACGAGGGCUGGUCCGUGGACGAGUAUCUGGACGACGGUCAGGUGAUCUCGAACCUAGGCUUCCAUAUGAGUUGUCAUCUGUUUCCCGGACAUGCCAUGGACCACCUGUGUUUCUGGUUAGAGGAGGAUGAUGUUCUGUUCUCUGCAGACAACAUUCUGGGCCAGGGAACGUCUGUGUUUGAGGAUCUGACGGCCUAUAUGAAGUCUCUGGAGGGUAUGCGUCAAACUGGCAAGACCAAGACCAAGCGAGCGGACGGCCAGUUCCAGAUAUUCCCCGGCCACGGACCCGUGAUCGAUAACGGCUGGGAGAAAAUCACAGAGUACAUUUCGCAACGGAAAAAGCGAGAAACCCAGGUGUACACUAUUCUGCAUGAGAAGGGUCCCUCUGAUGCCCGGACCAUCACACGGCAGAUCUACGAGGGCUACCCUGAACGUAUUCUUGAUGCCGCUCAGCACACUACCACCAUGCAGCUGAUGAAGCUGGAGGAUGAUGGAGUUGUCAUCUCCGACGCACGAACUGGAAUGUGGCAGCUCAAGGAGAAGGCUUCCAUUUGA